AUGGCAGGAGCUCAGGUGGGGCUCUCGGGACCCUUCCCGGAGCCCCCGGUUGGGCCAUGCCCUGUUUCUGACUCUGACUCUGACUCUGAGGACACGGCCAGGGGCGGCACAGGACCCAGUGCCGGGGUGCAGAACCCCUCCCAGGUCAUCCACAGUGGCCACUUCAUGGUGUCGUCCCCGCACAGCGACUCACUGCCCCGCCGGCGUCACCACCGCACUGAGCCUGAACUGGCCGAUCCCCGGAGCAUCGACCCAACCCUCACCCGGCUCUUCGAGUGCAUGAGUUUGGAGUACAGUGGGAAGCUGGUGUCUCCAAAGUGGAAGAACUUCAAGGGGCUGCGGCUGCUUUGCCGGGACAAAAUUCGUCUCAACAAUGCUAUCUGGAGAGCAUGGUACAUCCAGUAUGUGGAGAGGAGGAAGAACCCUGUGUGUGGCUUCAUCACCCCACUGGAGGGAUCAGAGGCUUAGGAGCACCGGAAACCAGAGGCUGUCGUGCUGGAGGGCAACUACUGGAAGCGCCGCAUCGAGGUGGUGAUGAGGGAGUACCACAAGUGGAGGAUCUACUACAAGAAGCGGCUCCGAAAGUCCACCCGGGAGGAAGAGCUCUCUGGCCCAAAACAGGAUGAGGAUGUCUGGAGGCCAACAGAGAAAUGGUGCAACCAGCUCUUCUGCAAUGUGGUGCCCAUGCUGCUUGGGGAUGAAGAAGAGGAGCCGGGGGGUAGGCAGCACUUCGACUUGGACACCUUCCUCUCAGACAUCUCUGACACCCUCUUCACCAUGACACAGACACCCAGCAUCCACCAGGCACUCCCUGAGGAUGCCUACGUUGGGAAUGCUGACAUGAUACAGCCAGACUUGGCACCCCUGCAGCCCAGCCUGGAUGAUAUGGAGAUCUCGGGAAGCAGUGCCAGAGUGUGGUGUGGGGUGGAUGGAGAAGUCCUGAUGGCAGAGGCAAGGGAGCAGCCCGGCCCCGUGCCCUGGUGGCACCGUGCUCCAG